AUGACAAAGCCAGAAGGAGAGAUUCGGGUGAUUGUCGCCGGGCUCGGAAGGACGGGCACGAUGAGCAUGCAGGAGGCAUUGCGAACACUCGGAUAUCAUACUUAUCACAUGGAGGCUUUGCUGCGAGACGGCUCGCAUGCGAAGAAGUGGAGAGAACUUUCUGAACGUAAGGCCUCAGUGAAGGAGGUCUUCGAAAAGAUUGCGAAGGAUGGCUACAACGCAACCAUGGACAAUCCCAUGUGCGAGUAUUUCGCGGAGCAGAUACAGAUGUUUCCUGAUGCGAAAGUUAUCCUCACACUGCACCCUAAGGAAGCAGCUGGUUGGGAAAAGUCUUUCUCAACUCUGAUGGAAUUCGUUCGUGUUCAGAGCAGUCCCUUCUCUCUCUUCUACCCGAACUUUCUCUCGUUCAUUCCAAGAGUUCAGGAUCUCAAUGCAGCUCGCUGCUUGAUGGGACAGAAAACCAUGUGGCUAGAGCCCUGCAAACUCACUUACGAGUACGAUCAGCAUCGUGAGGGCUGGCUGGCCACCCAGUACGAGAAACACAAUGCGAUGGUUCGGACCCUUGUGCCGGAAGAGAAGCUCCUUGAGUUUACAGUGACGGAGGGCUGGGGACCGCUCUGCUCCUUUCUGGACCUGCCGGUGCCGGAUGUCCCUUUCCCAAAGGUGAACGAUUCCGCCUUUAUCGCACGCCUUGGCCUGAUCCUGAAGGUGGUGAUCUACUCGUGGAUCCCCGUCACUGUGCUACUGCUCAUGUGCCUCCGCCGAUGUUGCAGAUCAUCGAAGCCGAAACCGCAAUCACGUGAGAAAUCCGACUAG